AACAGCUGGUGCGCGUAAGUGGAAAAAUUUUAGACAGCCUGUUAUUUCACCAGAAAUCUACGCAAAUUUUUGGCCAUAAUAAAGCUAAAAUCUUUCAAAUAACGAUGAACAUUAAAAGCUAGAUCAGACAUCGCCUGUUCUCUCUGUGGUCUAUUCAACGAUUUUGAACGUGUUUAUUUAGUUUUUUUUUUACCUUUCGAUUAUGGAUCCAUCCGAUUUUGUAUUGGGUGGUUUUGCAUCGGUGGGAGCAACAUUUUUCACCAACCCCAUAGAAGUCGUCAAAACCCGCAUACAAUUGCAAGGUGAAUUGGCAGCCCGUGGUACUUAUGUGGAGCCGUACAGAGGUAUUGUAAAUGCUUUUGUAACGGUGGCUAAAAAUGAUGGCUUAAUCGGUUUGCAGAAGGGUUUAACACCAGCUUUAUAUUUUCAAUUUAUCAUAAAUUCAUUUCGUUUAAGCAUUUACAAUAUGGCUUUAAACAAAGGUUGGAUGCACACAAAAACGGGUGAUGUUUCAUUUGUGAAGGGUAUUUUCUGGGGGGCAGCUGGUGGUGCCAUUGGUUCCUAUUUCUCUAGUCCUUUCUUUAUGGUUAAAACACAACUACAAUCUCAGGCCGCUAAACAAAUCGCUGUCGGCUAUCAGCACCAGCACACCGGCAUGAUGGAUGCCCUUAAACAAAUUUACAUUAAACGUGGUAUCUUUGGUCUCUGGCGUGGUUCAAUGGCUGCCAUACCACGUGCCGCCAUCGGCUCUGGCGCACAAAUUGCCACUUUUGGCAAAACGAAAUUCUUGCUCAAAGAAUACGACCUCGUCACUCAGCCCGCCUUGAAUUCCUUCUGUUCCGGCCUCAUAGCUGGUUCUAUAAUGUCGGUAGCCAUCACACCACCUGAUGUCAUUUCGACCCGUCUCUAUAAUCAGGGUUGGGAUGAACGUGGCCGUUACAAUGGUUGGCUGGAUUGUUUUUUGAAGAUAUGCCGCUCUGAAGGUAUUUAUGGUUUGUACAAGGGUUUCUGGGCCAACUAUUUGAGAAUAGCACCCCACUCGACUUUAGUUUUAUUGUUCUUUGACGAAUUGUUACUUGUCCGCGACAAGUAUAAGGAUGAAGAAGGUAUUUUACAGUUUAACUUUAAAUAAGCCAAAAGAUGAAAACCAAAAAAAAAAUAGAAAAAAGAAAUAAUGUGCAAUUUGUCUAGUUUUUAGCUAAAAUUUUUAUGUAACUUGAAUUUGAUUUGCUAAAUCAAUUGCCAGUUUUGUUAGUCCAGUUGUAUAAGUACAAAAGAAAUUUUUUUCAAAAAAGAAUUUUUGUAAUGUAAGCUUUAUAUUUAGUUUUCUUUUUGUUGCUUUUUUGCCUAUGUUGUUUUUUUUAUAUAACAAGUGCCUUUUUUUAAUUAAAAAAAACACAAAAAAAUUGUAAGUGUACAAUUAAGAUUGUAUCGUAACGUAUCUGUGUAUUUUAAACUUCCUGUAGUUAGAAACAUUUUUAAAAUGAACCUGUCUAACAAUAAAUAUUAAAAAAAAAUACUCCUGAAAGAAAAUGUAAGAAAAA